AUGCCACCACGCCAUCGCCAUCGCGAUUCUUGUGCCGCCUGCUCCGUUUCAAUUGACCUCUCGCCGCCCGCACGCGCGGCUGCUGCUCGUCCUGAGCGGCCACCUGGCCGGAGUGCCUGGCAGAGCGGCGCUGUACCUGAAGCACGGCGCCGCAACACCACCGCCAUCGCGAUCCUCCGCUCUAAAAACACCCCUCCAGGCGGUGGCAAAGAACGGCGAAGAUCUUCUCGCGACCCCGGGCCUCGCGAAAAGGCGGUCGACGCCCUCCUCCAAUCAGCCCUGAGAGGCCUGCGUGAGCCACCCUCUCCCUGCGCGACGUGCAGCUGGCGUGCUGGGAUGCACAUCGCGUCGGACGUCUUCCUAGGCCUGUGCAAGCGAGCCGUCGUGGUGUUGUGGGCCGCGUCUCAAGCGCCCGGCCGUCCAAGCAUGGCAUUCGCGACGCCUGUCCGCGAGCAGCCAUCGCGAACUUUUCAGGAUUCAGCGCACGCUUGCGGCGACGGGAGUGCCUUAAUUCAGCUCCUCCGACAAAGAGCCUCCCGAUGCUCCAGAGCGACCCUCGACAGACCCUUCAGACCUCUCCGUCUGCAGAACGCUCCCGUGGCCGCUCACACGGCGUGGCCUGCAAUUGGCUGCCUACGCCUUCACGCCGUCUCACGACUCCAUGCCACGCUCAGACGAGGCCUUCUCUUCCCCGCAUUCUCCCUGCCUCUGUUGCAUGCAGACGACGCCGCAGUCUGGGUUUGA